AACAAAUUGAGCGUUUCAUCUACUAAAUAAGAGAAGAACUGGAUAAUGAUUGAAUUAUUUACAUAGCCAUUUCUUUUGAUGCUUCUUCUUCUUCUUCUUCUUCUUCUUCUUCUUCUUCUUCUUCAAAUACCCCGGUCAGUGCAUACAAAUCACUGUACUGUGUCAUGCAUGGCAGGAUUCCGUCUCCGCCACUGAUACGCGGCCUGAUGGACAGAUAGCAAAAGCUUAUGUCUCUCCGCUUGCAUCAGCAUUUUGCCUUUUGUGCAACCCAACUGCGGAGCUUCUGACAGGACUGCGCAACUUUGCUGUCCAGCAGGACCAUGUGAGAUUGAGAGCUGCUGGGAGUCUCUUUUUCGUGAUUCUUCUUGUCCUUGGACGCCAAUCGCUUCACUUCACCCCACGUCAUACAGAGAGCUAUUCAUCUAGACUCAGAUCUGACAGACUGCCACAGACUGCCACCAUGCCAUCUCUCCAGCGCUUGUUGCUUCACCUUGUCUUCCUUCUGGCCACUGUUUCAGCCGCGCCAUCGCAGUACUGUCUCUUUGGCCUUCCGCGCGAUGAAAUCGACUUCUGCAUGGCCGUGUCGCUCUAUCACAACCACUCGACAUCAGCUCACGAUGUCUAUCUCUCACUGGCCGUGAGACGAUCUGCCACCCAGUCCAAUGGCACCUCUCUCGGGUGGACCGCUAUCGGUACAGGCCCCAAGAUGGCCGGAUCUCUCAUGUUCGUCCUCUAUGGCGAUCCCGAGGCGUCCGAGGCCAAGCCGACGCUGAGCGUGCGAACCGUCAAGGCCGGCCACUCUCGACCAGCGCAGGUUACCCAGCAAGACACUGGAAAACAGCUCGACGUUCGCAUCUUGGAGACGACCUGGAAAAAGGCCGAGGACGGCCUGUACGUGGCCACUGCGUCUAUUGUCUGCUACGCCUGCUCUGAGUGGAUGGGAACGGAAAUCUCGCCCGAGUCGGUCUCGCAGCCGUGGAUCUGGGCGUGGAACAAGCAGCAGGACAUGAAGGCUUUUGCGCCCGACCAGCAGCUCGAGGCGCACUCUAUGGUGGAUGGCUAUGGUUACUUUUAUGUGGACAUGAAGGCGGCUACCUCGCACCACUCUGAUGGCUUCCCGACUUUUAACGUGACCGGCGAGGAUUCCAAUAUUGGCACCUCUGAUCGGCCCAUUAAGGAGGCGAAAACGGGGCUGUGGCAGAAGCUCCUGUCUCGGCCUCUCGCCCAUCUUCAUGGCUUCUUCAUGAUGACUGCCUUUCUGCUGCUGUUUCCUGUCGGUGCCGUGGCAAUUCGCUCCGGUUCCGAAAAGUCAUUCAAAUACCACUGGGUCAUCCAGGCUUCGGCCAUGGUGUCUGCCCUCUGCGGCGCCAUCGUGGCCAUUGUUAUGAGCGACAAGGUGUUUGGUUCCCCUCACCAAAUCGCCGGUGUCGUCAUUGUCUCACUCCUACUCGUACAAGCCGUGCUCGGCUGGCGACACCACGUCGACUUCAUUCGCAUCUUCCGCCGCACCUGGAUCUCUUACGCUCACAUCUCCCUCGGCUUCGUGAUCCUGGUGAGCGGCUGGGCCAACGUCAUCGGCGGCCUGGUGCUGUACGGCUUCAGUAAAUUCGGCAUCGCCAUGCUUGCCCUCUUCAUCCUUCUGGAGGCCGCGGGCGUGGGUGCCUGGUCGUUCUUGGCCAGACGCCGCUCCAUGUCAAGGGGCACGAUUCAUAAGGAGACGCCCGAGUCUUCGGCGGCGUAUUUCGCCUUGGAGGAUAUUCCUGAGAGCGAUGAGGAGGAUGACGCGGCGGAGGAGAGGGGGCUUAUGCAGAAGCGGAAUGAUUAAAUGAGUAAAAUGUCGAAAAGAAAAAAAAAAAAAACAAUAAUGAUGGAUUUGACGGUAAAUUUGGAGUUGAGGUGAUUUCUAUUUAGCUGAAUUAAAUAUGUAUAACCCAUAAUAAUCCAGGCGUCGUCUUGUUUCGUUUAAAGCCAUCUUAGAAUUCACACACGAGAACUUGGGAGUCCAAAGUCAUCCCUCCGCUCAUACAUAUAUCUGCAUAGGUACUGUUCAUUUCAAUUCCGUGUGUACAUCCAACUUCCGCAGGUCUUAUUACGCUUCACCUCACCUCAUCUCAUCUCAUUUCAUCCACACAUGCAAGCACACAGAAACCGAGUUACACAUCUCAAAGCACAACUCUCUUUCAUACUCCGUCUAUUUGUCCUCACGCUGCCACUGUCAACUUUAAACUGAUGCGCAUUCCACCAUCUGUGAACCAUCAUUUUUUGCGUUCACGUAUAAUUCCCUUCUCGGAGAGAACCC